AUCCGCAUAAAACCUCGGCGAUUCACUGGUGAACAGUGUUGUCAGUUGUAACUGUGCAAGAGCUGCAAUUUUGGGAAAAUCAUCGGCUCGUUUAAUAUCGUGACGGGGUUUUCAGGCACAGACAGAUGCGCAUCCCAAAGAAGGAAAUGUCUAUCGCAGACAAACGUCUUCUUUGACAGUAACAUCUCAUGCGAUUUCCCAAAGUGUACCAAUUUGGCCCCAUUUCCAUUCCAGAGACUCAAGUAUUCUAUACUUCGCAACACUGUUUGGGUCUUGUUAACUUGAAACCCAUUGCUCCUGGCCAUGUACUUGUCAUUAGUAAAAGAGUCGCCACUCGCUUGCACGAUCUGAGCCCUGAAGAAGCGAGCGAUAUGAUGAUCAGUGCCCAGAAAAUCGGGCACGCCAUUGAAAAGUAUUACAAUGGAACUUCUCUAACCAUGGCUAUCCAGGAUGGUCCACAAGCAGGGCAAUCGGUACCCCACGUACACAUGCAUUUAAUUCCGCGUCGCCAGGGUGACUGGGCAAACAACGAUGACAUUUACGACGAGUUGGAUAACAAGAAAAAGGGGGUAGACAAUGACGAACGGAAGCCACGGUCAACGGAAGAAAUGAAAGAAGAAGCUGAUCGUCUGAGAGCCCUUUUUGAAUAAGAUGACUCUGCACACCUUGUAGACCGGCCAACAAAUACACAUCACACCACAUUACAAUACACUUCUGGAAACAGUAGAAUAGUUGUCUUGUACAAGACAUAUUGCAGUAGGAUAUAUU